AUGUCCUUAGCCAGGCUUGCCUCUGUCGUGUCCGCCCUUGCUGCUCUUGGUCUUGCGAGCCCGGCGGGCCCAGGAUGGCCACCGCAUGGUCACUAUCCGCCGCCGCCGCCGCCGCCGCCGCCGCCUCCUCUCACCCCAGCGACCGCUACCUCCUCAGCUUCACUGGCGCCGGCAUCCUCUGCUCCAGCUUCGUGCUCCGGAUACUUUGAGCCCCUUUCGCCGCCUUUCCUUAAUGAUCUGGCGCAGGCAGCCGGCAAGCUGUGGUUUGGCAGUGCAACUGAUCAACCUGGAACCGGGGAGGACACGAGCAUCCUCUAUCAGGAGAUCUUGAACAACACGCACAUCUUUGGCCAGAUCACACCGGCCAACAUGAUGAAAUUCGAGCUGAGCGAGCCGGAGCCGGGCGUCUUCAACUUCACGGGCGGGGACAUUGAUGUGGCGAUUGCCCGAGACCACGGAAAAUAUCUGAGAUGCCAUAACCUGGUCUGGGUCAGCCAGGUUAGCGACUGGGUCUUGAACGGGAACUGGACCGAAGAUUCACUCAUAGCGGUCAUGCAAAACCAUAUCCAGACAAUGAUCACCCAUUUUGGAGAUGCUUGUUACUCGUGGGAUGUCGUCAACGAGGCCGUAGCUGCUAAUGGGUCGUUUUCUUCAAGUAUCUGGUUCGAUGUGAUCGGGCCGGAGUACUUCUUUCUGGCAUUUCAAUUUGCUCAGGAAGCAGUGGACUCCCUGCCGGCGGGCAUACGCAAGCCGAAGCUGUACUAUAACGAUUUCGGGAUCGAAUCCGGGAACAAGUCAGUGGCCGUACUGGGUCUGAUUCAAGAGUUGCAAAGUCGAAACAUCCGCAUUGAUGGCGUCGGCCUCGAGAGCCACUUCGUCCUCGGCGAGACGCCCUCGUUGCAAGACCAAAUCGCCACGAAACAGGCCUACAUCGCGGCGGGUGUCGAAGUGGCAAUCACAGAAUUGGAUAUCCGUUUCCCACAAGCUAACCUUACAAACGCCACGGCCUUUGCCCUCCAAGCAGAAGAGUAUUACAACUCAACGGCCAGCUGUGUCCAAGUGGGAGGGUGUGUCGGUAUUACAGUCUGGGAUUUUGACGACCAGUACAGCUGGAUUCCCUCGAGCUUUCCAGGACAAGGUUUGGCCGACCUCUACAACGCUGACUUCAGGGUAAGCAACCACCCCUAG